AUGGAUGAGAACUCUGCCCAUCCUUUCUCUAACAAUGAUGGUGCAGUUGAAAUUUCAAGGACACUGAGAGAGGUUCCACCAGGUGAUUACCUAUUUCAAAUCAAAUUGUUCUCAUUGCUUUCCAAGGCAGAAGAGAAAAGAUUUGAAUCGAGUGACUUUGAAUCAGGUGGCUACAAAUGGAAAUUGUGUCUAUAUCCGAAUGGAUAUGAAAAGGAAAAUGGGAAAGGGCAUAUCUCUCUUUACUUGGCAAUAUUGGAGGCAGAUACAUUACCUUUUGGUUGGGAGGUUAAUGUUAAAUUCGAAUUGUUUGUGUAUGAUCAUAUGCGAGACAAGUACUUGACUCUCCAAAAUGUUGAUGGGAGACUAAGACGUUUCCACAGGUUUAAGACGGAGUUUGGCUUUGCCAAAUUACUUUCCCUUGAAACUUUCAAAGAUGCUUCUAACGGAUACCUUAUUGAUGACUCCUGUGUGUUUGGAGCUAAGGUUUAUGUCAUUAAAUCUACCCACAGAGGAGAGUAUCUUUCUUUGAAGGAGGAAACUUGUGACAAUAGUUAUUCUUGGGAGAUCAAAAAAUUUUCAGAAAUAAAAGUGCGUUCGUUCUCCGAACCUUUCACCAUUGGAGAGUACAAAUGGUUUGAGCCCUUGGAGUUCCUCACUUAA